AUGUCAAAUAAUUAUAUUUAUACAUUUUGUGUUUCGAGGUCGACGAAUCGCACACUCACAUGGAAAUUAGAUCACGAUCAUUUCUUUUAUGAUUUAACGAAAACUAAUCAACAAAUUCAACAAGCUUUUGAUGAUUGGGCCAGCUACACUAAAUUAACUUUUCGUCAAGCGACUGCACAAGAAAAGGCUGAUUUUAACUUGGUUUUUGCAUAUGGCAACCACUCAGAUGAAUAUCCAUUUGAUGGGCGUGAUGGAGUUCUAGCACAUGCCUUCCCUCCCGAACACUACUAUCGUGGGUAUGUUCAUUUUGAUUCAACUGAAAUUUGGUCAGACAAGUAAGUAGACAUCUAACGGUACUUGAUUGAGCUAUUGUUGAAAUACAUAGGUAUGAUGACAUAGGUAACAAUUUGCGCUUAGUCGCUUCGCAUGAAAUUGGACAUAGUCUUGGCCUUGAGCAUAACAACGACGACAAAUCAAUUAUGUAUGCAUUUUAUCAUGUAAUUCUGCCAAAGAAUAUGUUACCUAAACAAGUUCGUGAAAUAUUUAUUGCUCCCUUUCCUCCUCUAUUGCAAACACCUUAAGCUUAUACUAGAGUUCUGCACGUGUGUACGAAAAAUAGGACUCGAGUCUAGCCUACUCAUGCGACCAAUUUUCUUCAAUAGCUUUAGAAACGACAAGCAAGAGACCAGUAGAAGAGUAGAACUCGCAAAGGACCACGCACGUUAAGGGGUCAAACUGCCACCCCCCUAAGGUGCCAUUUUUAUAUCAUAGUUUUAUAGCUUGGACCCAAUAACACAUUUAGAAAUAUUGUUUUUCUCAAACGAACUUUUACUUCUAAAAAUCAGCAAACAUCUUUGUAGCCCCAUGACAAGGUCCAAUUGGGAUCCCUCAAUCUCACAUUUUUCUGCCAUGGAGAAAGUUUUUAAAAUUCUGAUUUCAUAUUUAGAAACAGUAUUAUAGACCUUCUAAUUCUGCAUAAUCACCAUUUUUUCAAACUUAAUAGAGAUCGAAUAAAAACUGAUAUAUGGUCACCAAUGGUAUAUAGUCUCCAUAUAUAUGAAAACUUGAGAUGACAUUAUCUCAACAAUAAAAAAUUAUACAUCGGCGAAGCUUUCUCAAAAACUUACUUAUAUACUCAGCUUUCUUUUGAUACCAUCGUGAUUUUAAAAUUUGUUGUCCGAAGUUCCACUCUAAACCUAAUCAUACCCAAAUGAUGCCAUAUUGUAUACAAAUCCUAGUCGUAUUUGGCGAUUUUAGGCAUCAGCAAUUCAUUUGCAAGCAAAAUACAUGUGAUAUUCGAAAUCAGCACCAAAAUCUGAGUCUAAUAACAUGUGUUUUAUUUAAAAAUAUUUUUCACCAAAAUUACCCCUCUACACUCCCUCAAAUGAAACUUUUCAAAAAAAGCUGAG